AUGUUCCCAUUGGCUGCAGCCGCAACACCGCCAAAUCCAGUACCUUGUUUACGAAUGGGGCUCCCUGAUGGAAAACUGAUAUUUCCGGGUGGCGGUAUGGUGGCCGAGUUCUUCUAUUCGGCUUUUCUCGGGAUUUGGAAUGGCGGGAUGAAAGACGAUUUUCUGAGCCUCAGAAACAGUUAUCCAGAUUACCAAAUAUGGGUCACCGGUCACUCGUUGGGCGGAGCUAUGGCAGGUUUAUGCGCUGGUUACAUCACUCAAGUGGGCUACGUUCCCCUCACUCAGAUUCGACUCAUCACAUUUGGUGAACCGCGAACCGGUGAUGCAAAAUAUGCCUCGUUGAUCGAUCAGAUUCCUUACGCAUAUCGAGUGGUUCACGAUAAUGAUUGGGUUCCACAUGUUCCACUAGUCCCAAUGGGGUAUGAGCAUCAUGGAACCCAGAUUUUCUAUCCAAACUUGAUGAAACCAGGCGACCCUUAUACGGUAUGCCAAGGGAAUGAGGACAGCAAAUGCUCGAAUUCUGUUCCGGCGGAUCGUUUGAAUGGCGAAGCACAUGGCUGGUAUUAUAAUAUCGAUAUCAAUAAUUAUGAAAGCAGAAACUGUGUUUAUAAUAAU